ACCUCACAGGGAGGCGUUGCAAAACAAAAAUCAGCUGGUCAGCACCAACCAUUUGUCAAAAUCGUUUAUCAUUGCUGCAUCACAUUUCCGAAAAUAUUGUUCAUAGUGCAUACUCGUUGGAUCCAUUUUAAUAAAUAAUACAACAAUACGCUCGUUCUCUUCAAACAUCGAUAAAAAUGUUUUCGUUUAACAUGUUCCCGGACAUCCCGAGGCCCUUCAACACACAGUACAAAUGUUUUUCGGUGUCGAUGUUACCGGGAAAUGAACGACAGGAUGUUGAGAGAGGAGGCAAAAUUAUAAUGCCCCCAUCAGCACUGGAGCAAUUGACGAGACUGAAUAUUGUUUACCCCAUGCUGUUCAAAUUAACAAACAAGAAGACAAAUCGAGUGACUCAUUGUGGAGUCCUAGAAUUUGUUGCAGAUGAGGGCAAGGUUUACCUUCCAUACUGGAUGAUGCACAACCUACUUCUCGAAGAAAGUGAAAUAAUUAACAUCGAAAGUGUCUCUUUACCAGUCGCCACGUUCUCUCGUUUUCAACCACAAUCAGAAGACUUCCUCGACAUAACGAAUCCGAAAGCAGUCCUCGAGAAUGGUCUCCGCAGCUUUGCCUGCCUCACCACUGGCGAUAUAAUUGCCAUCCAGUACAAUCAACGAAUCUACGAGAUGUGCGUCCUGGAGACGCAACCAGGUCCCGCAGUAAGUAUAAUCGAGUGCGACAUGAACGUUGACUUCGCCCCACCCGUUGGGUAUAAAGAGCCAGUACGUGAGCUUCCCAAGGAAGAGGAGAGCAUUGACCCUGUGGACAUGAUGCCCGAGGCAACUGGCUUCGUUGCAUUCAAAGGCCAGGGUAAUCGUUUAGAUGGCAAGAAGAGGAAAGACUCUGGACCUUAUGAAACCGAUGUCCAGAAGCCGAUUUAUGUGCGGGGUAUUCCGGAUUAUGAUUACAAAAUUGGGACAAUCAAGUUCCUGCGGAAUGUUAAACCACUUAAUGUUAAGGAGGAAAAACUAUCCGAGGAGUUCAAGGCGUUCACAGGCGAAGGUUUCUCUCUCCGUAAGUCAAGAAAGUAAACAGUAAAUCCAUCAUUUUAAUUCUAUAAAACUAGAAAUCUUUAUUGUAAAUGAAAAGUUCAUCAUUUUUACAUUAAAAAGUAUUAAAAAAAAUUC